UUCCGCGGAAGGCAAUUAAAAAGCACAAAGGAUGCCAAUGUCCAAACGUCUUCAUCUCGAUAAAAUCGUCACGUCGUUUCCAGAGCUGGGACCUACGGUUCCUGAUGGCGGUUACGCAUGGAUUAUCCUAUUUGGAGUAUUUCUGGUCCAGAUGACCAUACCGAGUCUGUUAUCCACCUAUGGAAUAAUAUUAGGCUACAUAAGCGAGAAUGAGAACUCUGAGUUUGAUAUAUGGAGGGAGAAAAUUAUUCUCGCCCCCAUAUUGUUCACUGCUUUUGGCUAUUUGGCAGAUCCUUGGGUGAGAAUGAUCGUGAGUAUGGCGUCGAUUCCUCGCUUGGUAGGAAUAAUAGGAGUGAUUCUAUUGGCAGUUGGGAUUAUAGCGACAGGUUAUCUCGCAACUGGUGGAGUUGGCGCGUAUUUGGCAAGUUCCAGCGCCGGCGCAGUGAUGGGCAUUGGCGCCAGUUUUGUCACCCUACUGAGCGAGUACAUUUUGCGGAAAAACUUUAGGAAAAAGCUGCUCUUAGCUUUGACAAUAAAAAACAUUGGAGCCUCGUUCGGUCUCGUUCUCAUUCCCAGUUUCACAAAUUUCAUCUUGCACGAAACUAACUUGAAAAGUGGCCUGCUGCUCAUGACGAUCGUGCUGCUGCCUACCGCCCUUGGAACGUUAACGUUUCGGUUGCCUUCUCUGCAACACUCUUCCCUUUACAGUCUUCUCCUAUCGACCGAAGAGGACAACGAACUACCUGUAAGAAUCUCUUCAGACGUUCCCCAGGGCACAGAGGGCCCGAUCGGUCGGAAUAACUUAGAAAAUAUGGAAUUCGACGAGGCCGAGGAAAGGACACACGGCGGAGGGUUGUUCAGCGAAGGGAACGACAUCUAUGCUUAUCAAGAGUUCAACGAGGAGGAGGUAGACCUGUUUGUGAAUCCAGUAAUUCACUCGCAAUGCAAAUGGAAACACCAACUUCGACCACUUAAAACCUUUCGAUUUUGGGCGGUAGUGCUCGGCUGGGUUGGAAUAGAAGUAUCUGCCCUGUUUUUUUGGGUUUUGUUGCCCGUUUUGUCGUACAGAAUCGUAAAGAAUCCUUACAUGUGGAUCUCGCUGUCCACCAUGGCCGGCCUUAUCACUUUUUUGCCAAGUAUUGCCAGUAUAAAAGUGUUAGGAAUGUCAAGUCGGAAUAGAAGACUAUAUUUUGGGCUAGCAUGUUGGCUAUGCGGCGUUACUCUAGCAGGUCUAAGUUAUGCAACGAGCUAUCUAUGGCUUAUAAUUUGUACCCUUUUGGGUGGUAUCGGUAUCGGGAGCAUAUCGAGUUGCAAAGAUUUAGCUCUGUACGAUGUUCUGGGCGCUGAGACGGUGCGUUGCGUUCACAAAGGAUUUUACAGUAUCGUGGGUCUGUGCAUACUAAUCUUUUGUUUCAUUCACAAUGUAAAUUUCUGCCUGAACUUCACGGCCUCCUUGCUAUUUUUCGGCGGAUUCUAUUGGAUCGCGUCGCCUGUUCUAAAUAUAAUUAAGAACUCGCGAGAAAGAUCCUCUGACACAAUACACAGAACGAGCGAAGACGAGAUAUAAUUAAAAAUAGCUCUAC